AUGGGGAAAUCCAAUGUGGUGGGCAGGUCUUCCUCAUCUGUGUACGUGGCAGUCCCACUGACCGACGUGAGGGAAGACACCUUAGCUAUGUUCUCAAGCUGGCUGGCUCUCACCCUCCUGGCUGUGCUGAGCUUGGAUACCCAGGCCUUCAACAGCCAGCUCGUCAAGUGCUUUGAGGAUCCCCAGUAUGAGGAGCUGCUGCAGCUGGCCCGAAAUGGCCUGGGGCAGACAGCAGAGAGGAAGCAAGUGGUGGUGAUCGGGGCGGGCAUGGCUGGACUCACCGCUGCCAAGAUCUUGCAGGAUGCUGGCCACCAGGUGACUGUCCUGGAGGCCUCAGGGCGUGUAGGUGGCAGAAUCGAAACCCACAGAGUUCCUGGAGCACACUGGUACAUAGAGCUGGGUGCCAUGAGGAUCCCUAUCAACCACAGGCUGUCUCACGAGCUCAUCAGGAAAUUUGGGCUGAUGUUAAAGGAAUUCUGUCCCUGCAACAACCAGACCUGGGUGCUGGUGAAUGGAGUCCGGCAGCGCUCGGGGGCGGUGCAGGCUGACCCUGGCCUGCUGGGUUAUGAAGUAAGAGCUGACGAGGUGGGAAAGACGGCAGAGCAGCUCUUUGAUAAGUCUCUCAGGAAGAUUGUGGAAGAGCUGAAGAACAGCAGCUGCCGUGAGGUCCUGGAGAAGUACGACUCCUUCUCCACCAAGGAGUACCUGAUCAAGGUGGGGAACCUGAGCCGUGGGGCGGUGCAGAUGAUCGGUGACUUGUUGAAUACAGAUUCUGGCUACUACGAGGCCUUCACAGAGACCCUGCGUGGCAUCAUCUCCUUCUUCCAAGAGCCCCGGUUUGAUGAAAUCGUUGGGGGCUUUGACCAGCUCCCCCAGGCCCUACACAAUUCGCUCCUCCCGGGGACUGUCUGGUUCUACUCACCAGCAGAGGAAGUGGAGAUGUCUGGAGACUGUGUCCACGUGACCUACAGGACACCUGACCCUCUGCAGCCCAGGGCACGGCUGACUGCAGAUUUUGUGGUGGUAGCCAUCACUGCCAAGGCUGCCCGGCUCCUCCGAUUCCAGCCAUCUCUCUCUCUAAACAAGCAGGAUGCUCUGCGCUCUGUCCACUAUAAUAGUGCCACCAAAGUGAUCCUGGCCUGCACACAGCGUUUCUGGGAACGAGAUGGCAUCUUUAGCGGAAAGUCGAGCACUGACCGGCCUUCCCGCUUCAUCUACUAUCCCAACCACGUCUUCCCCAAUGGUGCGGGCGUCAUCCUCGCUUCUUAUACCCUGGAUGAUGACUCGGUGUUCUUCACAGCCCUGGACCACAAUCGGGUAGUGGACAUUGUUCUGGAUGACCUCGCUGCUAUUCACAGUCACAACAAAGAGGAACUCCGGACCCUCUGUCCCUACUUCACAGUCAAGAACUGGAGCCAGGACCCCUAUUCCAUGGGUGGCUUUGCCUUCUUCACCCCUUACCAAUACGUGGACUAUGCCCAGGAACUCAGCCAGCCGGAAGGGCCGGUCUUCUUCGCAGGUGAGCACACAGAUAUGCCCCACGGCUGGAUUGACACUGCUAUCAAGUCAGGGCUCAGGGUGGCAAAGAACAUUCAGGAAGCUGUGGACUUGGCUUUGACAAGGAACCCCAGGAACACAAAAGAACACUUCUCCAAAAGCGAACUGUAA